AUGAAAAUUACCUCUUACUACAAAACAAAAGAAAAGCUUGGUUUAUUGGAAUUAUCAAGUGAUGACUAUACGAUUCUUAAAAAUUUAAUUGAUAUAUUUGAGCCUUUAUAUCAGACUACUAACCUACUUAGUGGAUACAAAUAUCCUACCAUCGGCUUAUGUCUUUAUGCAAUACGUAAUUUAAAAGAAUAUUUUGAAAAGGAAGAAGAAAAUGAUUCAAAUAUUUUAAUUACUUUAAAACGAUUCAUUCUUGAUGCAUUAAAUCUUUAUUUCGAUGAAAAAGAUGAGCAAUUUUCUCUUUUGAUGUUGUAUGGAUACUUUGAUCCUUUUGGUUAUUCUGUCCUUACACCAAAAGAAAGAUUAAAAGUUGAACGACAAAUCAAACAAAAAAGUAAAGAACAGAACAGAUUUCAAACACCUACUACUACAUCAUCUGCAUUAAUAUCAUCAAAUGAAAGUGUAUAUCCAAGUAUCAAACAAAAUCGUGAAAAAUUAAGUCGUUUAGAUACGUAUUUAAAAUCUAUCAAUAAAUAUAUGCCAACCAACAACGUUAUUCAAAAAACAAUAUCUGAAGAAAUAUCUCAUUAUGGAUCUUUAGUGAAAACUGAUUCACCAAUGGAUGCUGUUUUAUUUUGGCAACGUUAUGGAGAACAAAUGCCUAUACUAAAAGCCAUGGCACAAAAAUACCUAUCAGCUCCCGGUACCAGCGUACCAUCGGAAUCUGCUUUUAGUUCUUCAGCAUAUAUCGGAAGAAAAGAACGUGCACAACUCAGUCCAGAAAAUCUUAGCUACACUGUUUUUUUACAAGAUAAAUUACGAUCGAUUUAA